AAACUUUCACAAAACUAAAAACUUCACAGUUGAAAUUUCCAUACCAAUUAAACUUGAAAAUGAAGAACGUUUCCCUCAAGCUUCCACUCUUGAUUUUCAUUUUGGUCAUUACAUCUAAUCUUGGAGCAGAAGCAAGAGAACCAAGUAGAGUCGAAGUUAUCGCCGAAAGUUCAAAUAACGCCGUCACUGCCGGGGCUAUGGAUCCGGCACAUCCACCUUGCAAGAGAGACGUCGAUUGUAGCUUUGAAUGUCCUAAGGGAGGAUUAUGUAACGAUCGCCUUGGCACAUGUGACUGCUUCUAAGUACUUUAAUCGCAUUCUAAUCUAUUUUUUCAAAUAAAA